AUGCCCUCGAUAGGACCAGCCCUGCCUCCGCAUCUCGCCAAGCGCAGCCGCGACGGCGGCGGCGAUGGUAGUGAUAACGACGACAAGCACCGCGCAUCCAGCCCAGAGUCGACCGACAAGCGCCGAAGAGUCGCGGGCCCCGUUGCAGGGCCCUCCGACGUCGGCCCCGCCCCGCCGCCUGCCUCCAAACCAGCCCGAGUUAUAGGGCCUGCGCCGCCGCCUGCGCCCCUCAGCGAACAGCCGGCGCACCCUCCCAAAGACGACGACGACGACGACUCCUCGGAUAGCAGCGACGAUGACUUUGGGCCCGCGCCCCCGCCAGCCGGAGGCGCGCAAUCAGACUUCGACAUGGCCUCAGCAGCGUCUGCCUUUGAUGCAGAGCCUCGGUUUGCAGAAGCCCCCAAGGCCGCGCAACGCGACGAAUGGAUGACUAUGCCGCCCACGCAGGAUGACCUUGCUGCGCGCAUGGACCCCUCCAAGAUGCGCGCACGAAAAUUCAACACGGGCAAGAGUGCGGGAAGCACGGGGGGGAUGAGCAGCGCGUGGACCGAAACGCCAGAGCAGAAGCUCAAGCGCCUGCAAGACGAGGCUCUGGGCAUUAGCGCGCCCACCAAUCCCACACCGGGUGCUUCAGAGCCCAAGCGCAGCAAAGAAGAAGAGCGGCGCGCCCGCAAGAUGCGCGAGAAGAUUGAUGCGAGCAGAGGAAAGAGCCUUGUUGAGCAGCACCAAGAAAAGGGCUCUGGCAAAGAUUUGGAAGACGACCCCAGCAAGCGCGCAUUCGACUAUAACAAGGACAUGGCUGUUAGUGGCACCACGACUCACAAGCAGCGGAGAGACAUGUUGGCCAAGUCCAAAGGCUUCAGUGACCGCUUUUCAAGUGGCAGCUAUCUAUAG